AGCGCGAUGUUCAGACUAAGCAAUCGACUGCCCAUCGCCCUCAACGGUCUGCGCCACGCCUCCUCUGCCACCGGCGAGGGCCAGCGCACCGCACUCUACGAUUUCCACGUGGAAAAGGGCGGGAAAAUCGUGAACUUUGGAGGCUAUGCCCUGCCGGUACAGUAUUCGGACCAGAGCAUCAUCGCCUCGCACCUUCACACCCGCCAAGUGGGCUCCAUCUUCGAUGUCUCGCAUAUGCUUCAGACUCGGGUUUUCGGCAAGGAUGCGGCCGCCUGUCUGGAGUCCGUUUGCACAGCAGACAUCCUGGGCACUCCCAAUGGCAGUGGCACCCUUACUGUCUUCACCAACGAAGCGGGUGGCAUCCUAGAUGAUCUCAUCGUGAACAAAGUCAGCGAAAAGGAACUCUACGUCGUAUCCAAUGCGGCGAUGAAGCAACAGGACAUUGGAAUUAUGACUGCAGCUGUGAAUAACUUCAAGUCCCAAGGCAAAGAUGUAACAAUUGAGUUCCUAACCCCCACCGAUCAAUCUCUAGUAGCUGUUCAGGGUCCCCAAGUAGCAACGGAACUAACGAAACUACUGCCAAAGGAAGUCUCUUUGGAUAAAGCAUACUUUAUGACAUCUUUUGUCACCUCUUUGGCUGGUAUUCCCAAUGUCAGGGUCACUAGGUGUGGCUACACCGGAGAGGAUGGUGUGGAAAUAUCAGUGGAGUCCAGUCAGGUUAAAAACCUCACCGAAGCUCUUCUUCAGAAUGGCAGCCUUAAGCUUGCUGGCCUGGGAGCCAGAGAUUCUCUGAGAUUAGAAGCGGGUCUUUGUCUCUAUGGCAAUGAUAUUGAUUCAAAAACCACACCCGUAGAAGCCGCUCUUUCCUGGCUGAUAGCUAAGAGACGUCGCUCAACCCGGGAUUUCCCUGGAGCUGAUGUAAUUCUCAGCCAGCUAAAAGAAGGAGUUAGCCGGCGACGAGUGGGUCUGCAGAUGUUGGGAGUCAAGCCACCGCCAGCUCGUUCUGGUGUGGCCAUCUUUAGCCAAGGUCAGCAAGUGGGUCAAGUGACCAGUGGUUGCCCAAGUCCCAGUGCAGGACGCAACAUUGCUAUUGGUUAUGUAUCAGAGAAUCUUAAGGCUCCUGGCACUAAGGUGGAGUUUAAGGUUCGCGACAAAUUCUACGAGGCGGAAGUUACCAAAAUGCCUUUUGUCAAGGCUAACUAUUAUAAUAAACCAAAGAAAUAAAUAUUCGGAGAAAAUAAAUAAUUAAAAAUAAGUUUUAAA